GGCAGAAAAGAGAAAGGUGACCCACUGAACUCAGCCAUUGACAAAAUGACCAAAAAGACCAGGGACCUGCGAAGACAGUUGAGGAAGGCAGUGAUGGACCACAUCUCAGACUCUUUCCUAGAAACCAACGUCCCUCUGCUGGUGCUUAUUGAAGCAGCUAAGAGUGGAAACGAGAAGGAGGUGAAGGAGUACGCCCAGGUGUUCCGUGAGCACGCCAACAAGCUGGUGGAGGUGGCCAACUUGGCAUGCUCCAUCUCCAACAAUGAAGAGGGCGUGAAGUUGGUACGAAUGGCCGCCACCCAGAUCGACAGCCUGUGUCCACAGGUCAUCAAUGCUGCACUCACUCUGGCUGCCCGCCCCCAAAGCAAGGUGGCCCAGGACAACAUGGACGUUUUCAAAGAUCAGUGGGAGAAACAAGUGCGCAUCUUGACUGAGGCUGUGGAUGACAUCACCUCUGUGGAUGACUUCCUUUCUGUGUCAGAGAACCACAUCCUUGAGGAUGUCAACAAAUGUGUAAUAGCUCUCCAAGAGGGUGAUGUGGACACUCUUGACCGAACUGCUGGAGCUAUCCGGGGCCGAGCUGCUCGCGUGGUCCACAUCAUUAACGCUGAGAUGGAAAACUAUGAGCCCGGGGUCUACACCGAGCGUGUGCUGGAGUCCAUCAAGCUCCUGUCUGAGACUGUAAUGCCCCGAUUUGCUGAACAAGUGGAAGUAGCUAUCGAGGCACUGAGUAUGAACCCCCCACAGCCCUUUGAGGAGAACGAGUUCAUUGAUGCAUCCCGUUUGGUCUACGAUGGCGUCCGCGACGUCAGAAAAGCCGUCCUCAUGAUAAGGACACCAGAGGAGCUGGAAGAUGAUUCUGACUUUGAACAGGAGGACUAUGAUACUCGCAGCAGGACUAGUGUCCAGACUGAAGAUGACCAGCUUAUUGCUGGACAGAGUGCCCGGGCCAUCAUGGCACAGCUUCCCCAGGAGGAGAAGGCAAAGAUUGCUGAGCAGGUGGAGAGCUUCAGACAGGAAAAGUGCAAGUUAGACGCAGAAGUUGCCAAGUGGGACGACAAUGGCAACGACAUCAUUGUGCUCGCCAAGCAGAUGUGCAUGAUCAUGAUGGAGAUGACAGAUUUCACCAGAGGCAAAGGCCCCCUGAAGAACUCCUCAGAUGUGAUCAACGCAGCUAAGAAAAUUGCAGAGGCUGGUUCCAGGAUGGACAAAUUGGCCCGUGCUGUUGCAGAUCAGUGCCCUGAUUCAGCGUGCAAGCAGGAUCUGCUGGCUUACCUUCAGAGAAUUGCCCUGUACUGUCAUCAGCUCAACAUCUGCAGCAAGGUGAAAGCUGAGGUCCAGAAUCUGGGUGGAGAGCUCAUCGUGUCUGGGCUGGACAGCGCCACCUCCCUGAUCCAAGCAGCCAAGAACCUAAUGAAUGCAGUGGUGCUGACUGUAAAGGCGUCUUAUGUAGCUUCCACCAAGUACCAGAAGGUGUACGGAACAGCUGCUGUUAACUCGCCCGUUGUGUCUUGGCGCAUGAAGGCCCCCGAGAAGAAGCCUCUGGUAAAAAGGGAGAAGCCCGAGGAAUGCCAGACUCGCGUACGACGAGGCUCCCAGAAGAAACACAUCUCCCCCGUCCAGGCCCUCAGCGAAUUCAAGGCCAUGGACUCCUUCUAAGAAGAAAAGGAAAAAUGAAAAAAGAAGUCAUGCUUAAGAAAAACAACUCAACGUGACGGCGAGAAGUUGAUGAAAAAGUUCCCUUUUUACAUUGUGUUAACCCAGCUCUGUUUGCCCUGUGUGUGCUUGGUGACACCUCAGGAGGACUACAGUAUAUAUUAAAACUGCCACACUGUGGCUCCUGUUAACACUGUGGUCCUCAUGGCUCACAGACAGCCAGCACACAACCCAACAGUAUUUAUCGAUCUUAUUGUAGCUUAAUAUGUGAGAGCCAAAAUGUGACAAAGACAGAACGACAUUUUGAAAAUAUGAAAGUUAAAAAACAAAAAAAAGGGGAAAGAAACAUAUCAGAGGAGGAAGUGAGGCAUUUAAAAAAAAAAAAAAAUUAAUUGUGGCAGUUGAUAUUCUAGCUGUAUCAUUAAUGUGCUACUGACUGGCUGCUUGUAUACACACUUAAACAGUCUCAAUGGAAAUCUUACAUGGUUCAAGGAGUUGCUCUAAACGGAGGUUAUCAGUGGUGGUAUGAUCCUUGAUGACUUUGUUUGUUUUUUUCAAUUUGAAUGUUAACCUGUAGUGCUAGGAAUAACUUAUGUUUAAAAUACCUGGAAGUGUCAGCAUCCGAGUAGUUCCCCCAUUCCCGAUGAUUAUAAUAAUAAUAAUAUUAAUAAUAAUCCAUAUGGUGUUGUUUUUUUUUACCAAAGCACACUUAUGGUCUAUUGUAUUGCCUUUUUAAACCCCUUUUCUUGAAUGGUAACGUCACUAACUAUGAUGACCUUGUUUGGAAGUCGUGUAGCGUAUAAUAUAGACAGAGAGGUUUGACUAGUUGUGGUUUGCUCAGAGAAUAGAAUCCCUGCAUACGAUACCUUUAUAUCCACCCUUCUCUAAUAAAU